UCACGGAGCUGCAGGCCAAGGUGAUGGACACGCAGCAGAAGGUGAAACUGGCCGACCUGCAGAUCGAGCAGCUCAGCAAGACCAAGAAGCACGCCCACCUCACCGACACCGAGGUGAUGAUGCUGGUGGACGAGACCCGCAUGUACGAGGGCGUGGGAAGGAUGUUUAUUCUCCAGCCCAAAGGAGUGAUUCAUAAUCAGCUCUUAGAAAAACAGAGGAUAGCAGAAGAGAAAAUUAAGGAAUUAGAGGCUGUUAGUGUGGAGGCUGCCUCACACACGGGCAUGGGACACGUCCUGCUUAGCAGGAGCCAUUGGAUUUUUCCAGCCCUGAUACUAUCAAAUUCUUGUUGUGUUUCACGGUACAGGGGGUCCGGGUGCGUCAUCUCGUGAAGCACCAGCUUCUCC